AAUCGAAAAUGAAAAGUCCAACCGGAUCUGCUUCGAUUUCUAAUUCAUCUCCUGGAGGUAGCCCUAGUAUUACCGGAAGUAAAGUAAGCUUAAAUAGUAAUCGUUCCAAAACACACAGUAUUGCUUCCGAAAAUAAAUCAGAAAUUAUUGAAACAUUUGCUGAAAAAGCUAAAUUCUAUACAUCACUUUGCAUGGGAACCACUGCAAUUGUUUCAGUUUUUGCAUUUUUAUUUUUAAUUCCUUUCGUGGUUGAUCCAGCUAUUUCUACCAUUAUCGCUGAUUUUGACCCCAUCCCAGUGACAUGUGUUGUUACAGAUCAUAUUUAUGCCGAAGGAAUUAGAAAUUGUACAUGGGCAUCUUGUCGGGAAGGUUGCACAAAUGCUCCCAUAAAAUGUCACCAACUAUUAGUAAAUUACACAAAAAUACCUUUUGAAAAGUGGCAAGAACAACCUCAAGAUUUAGAUUUAAUUUUAUGGGAUGUAAGCAACACAAAAUUUUUAAUUAACUCUGAAGGAUGUGGUUAUCCUCCGAGUGUUAAUUGUAGUGUAUUUGCAAAAAAAUAUGGAUAUAAUCAUUUAGGUGAACCAUUUCCAUGUUUCUAUAGUCGUGCUUAUCCGGAUUUAGUAAUUGGAAGAUAUUCUUGGAAUGAUAAUUUAACCCAUUUGAUUUUAUCAUUGAUAAUUCCAAAUGUUUUAUUUGCUAUAUCAAUUGGGGUAUUAAGUUAUUGGUAUUGUCCUUGUUGCGAGAAAUGUAACAAAUCGCGUCUUUAUGAAGAUAAAUAUCCGACAAAAGAAGAAAAACUUUUGUGCCGCAGUGAUGACGAAGAUGAACUGGAAUACUAAAAAUUUUUCUUCUAUUGUGUAUAGUAUAGUUUUUUAUUUAGUUAAAAAUAUAAACAUCAAAACUAAAAUAUAUAGGAUAUAUAAAAAUUUAGAUUUAAAAUAAUAUUUUUUAAUGUAUAUCUUUUUUCUAUUUUUGGUUUUCAUUAUCUGAUUACAUUAAUAUUUUUGUUUUAUUUCUAAUAUAAUAAAAUAAUGUAGCUACAAUAAAUAUUCGACUACAAGCCUUAUGUUGUGUAUUAAAAAUUAUUAUAUAUACAAUAUUAUAAACUAUUUGUAGAAAAACCUUACAUUUAAAAUAUUCAGUGUAGGUACAAAAAUAUAAUAGUGAGAGCAUAGUUCUAUAAUAACAAUCACCAAUCUAUUUGAUAUGAUUUAUUAAAGGAUAUUUCAAUAAGUGUAAUUGGGAAAUCUGCUAAAUUCAAAGUAUUAAUUAAUUCAAACAAGCAACUUUACAAUGUUGAACAUUGUUUUUUUAUAUUUGUAGUUCAAUUGAGUAUCGAACCUUAGCAUAUUAAUUUUAAACAAUUUACCUAUACUAUAUAUUUACCAUGUUUUAAUAAGAGAAACAUUAAAACAGUUUCAAAAUUUUAAAUUUUUUAAAAUUGUGUUGACUUUAACAUAUUACUUUCUUAUAAUAGAACUUUCUUAUAACAAUUGCUCGUAUGUUAUUCUAUUCGAGCUUCAGCUGAAACAACUAUUCUAUUUAAAUAAAUUAAAAAUUUAGUGUAUGUUAAGUCUGUAGUUUAUUAAAACCAACGCUUAUUACAAAAAUCUAAAAGACAAAUUUUUAGCAAAAAAAAAGAAAAAAAAAGCUUUUUUGCUGUUAAAAUUUUGCUUUCAAUUUAUUUACUAGUUAAUUUUGAAAACUUUUCAGUAAAAUUUUUACAAAAGGCUCGAUUUUCCACGUUCUUUGCUUUCUUUUUACAGUGAAAAUCUAUACUUAUCAUUUUCGAAUGUGAUGCAAAUUCCAGAGAUUUUAUAAUACCUUUUUGAAUUAGGAUACCAUGUAUAUGUGUAAAGCUCUACAUUCAAUUUGUAUAGAUGAAGUUAUGCAACUGCAUCUGAUAUUAUCGAUUACACUUUAUAUUUAUGGUUUCACUAGAAUUUCGGGGUCAGGGAGGUUUGACAUUUUAUUUUAAAUACAUAUAUAAUUUCAUACAAAUACCUUGAACUUCACAAACAAAAAUUCAAUUAAAAUUAAAUAUAUUGUGUAUUUUUAUGUGUAGAAACACCAAUUUAUAUCGCAUAAAAUCAUAUUUGAAGUAAAUUUUUAACUCUUACUUAAUAGGAUCAUUUGUAUAUAUACAUACAUGUAUGUGCAAAUAUAUUGUAAUAUAAACAAUAAUACAAAUGAUAUGUAAAGUAGCUUUAAAUUCAAGAGAAUGUUCAUUAAAAAAUUCAUACACAAAAAUUUUCAAAUACGAAACUAAAUAAAAAAAAUUCUUUCUACACUUCUUUGAUACAAAAUCAUUUCUGUAUACUUAUUAGGUACUAUGCACACAAUUAUAUAAAAAAAAUUGAAAUUGUUAUACUAGUACUAAAAAAUACUUAAAAAUACUUUUUAAUGUAAAUAGACGAGAAUAAUACAUUUCGAGUGGUUUUUAACAUACAUUUUAUGGAAGCCUAUUUUUUUCAUAGAGCCGAAGAACAAAUCAUGUCAAUGUACACUCUGUACAAAAAAACAUAAGUAGUUAAAGUUACUAUUUAACAUUAUGUUUGACUUUUUUUAAUUAUGUUCACGUUUAUAUAGAGUGAGUGUAAAAAUAUAAAAUUACGUAAAUUAUUAAUCAAUCUUUAACGAAAUCACGUUGUUAAUUAGUUCUAACAUAAUAUUGGCUACUACAUUUUUUCCCCCAAAAACACUAAGGCAUACAUAUAAUUAUGUUUAGAAUAUAAUAUUGAUCCUUCAUAAUUAAGAAUUUUUGUAGUAUUUAUUUUAUUUUUGGUAUAUUUGAAUUGUCUUUGAAUAGUGUUAAAGUUAGUUUGGGUCAUUAUAUUUGUAAUUUUUAUAAAUUCAUAAUAGAAAGUGUUAUUAAGUUAAGAAUUCCGCUCUAUGUUCAAAAUUUCAAAUAACGCGUCAAGCAUAUGUAAAUAAUAAAAUAUUUAGAAUAAAUACAUAAUUCUUUGUUCAAUUGUUAAAAUAAAUCAUUUCCCAAUUAAACUUAUUAGAAAAUAUUUUUAAUCAAUCUAGGUUUCCAAUAACCUGUUCAAUCAAGCAAAUUGAAUUCAACCUAUUAAAUUGUUAAUUUAAAUAUAGUAAUACCAUAUUUAUUUACGUAUGUAUGUAGAUUAUAAAUAAAACUGAUUUUAAUAGGCAAAGAAAAAAAUACUAUUUGAAAAAAUAGUAUUUUUUUCUUUCGUUUUUAAUUUUUGUUUUAUUUAUAUACAUAUAUAAAAUUAUUGUUUUCAAUUUGAUUUAAAUUCAAAUGAGGUCUGUUCGUCCUUUUUUCGAAGGGUACACAAAUGUGUAUCAAACUAUUAUUUGUUUUUAUUUUAAACGCAACAUUUUUUUUGCACUGAAGUUAUCCUUAAAUUUUUUGGUUCUUAAUCUUUUAAGUCUUUCUAUAAAAGUUUUUGUUUUAGUUCUAUAAAAGUUUUUGUUUUAGUUUUUUACAAAUUGAAGUUAAGUUAUAGCGUUUCAGUAAAGAAUAAUUUGUAACUUUUAAAACAAGAAAGUGCUAGAUAUCAAUUUUUUUUUUUAUUUUAUUAAAUAAAAAUAUAAUAAAAACAAAAAAUGUGAUAGUAGAACUUAGUCUUAAUCAAGCUACCUAGAAGCUGUGUAAAAUCUAAAUACAUAAAUAUUGAAAAUUCUGUUGAAAAGUAGUCAUAGAGUAAACAGUGAAAAUACAAUUUAAAAAAAUUAAAACGAAAAUAAAAAAAAAGCAAAGCUAUUAUAUAUUUAAUCAAUAUAAAAUAUAAAUUUUAAUAUUGAAAGAAACGAAAUAUAAAAUGCUUUAUAUAAAUUUCGUUAAGCAAAAUUAUAAUAAUCUAUACCGCAUGACACACAAAAUAUUUGUUACAAUAUUAUACGAGAUGCUAAAAAGCCAUUUUGUUUGCAAAUUAAUAGAUCAAUACCAAAAAAAAGAUAAAAAAUGUAUAUUAAUAUAUUAAUAAAAACAGAGAAAUUAAAAAAUUAGUAAUUCGACAUACAUACUAAAAAAAUACUAGUAGUUUUAAAUACAAAAGAAAAAUAAAAAAAUUUUUAUGCUUUUCAUACAAAUUAUUUUGCGUAAUUUUAAUACAUGUAUAAAGUUUAAAAUAUUAUUAAAAAAAAAUAAAAACCAGAUAGGCAGAUACAAAAUUAAAAAACAUACUUUUUUUCCAAUGUAAAAUUUUUAAAAAUUUAUCGAAAAAUAAAACUUGAUAUAAAUAGUAAAAAGACUUGAAACGUCGAACACUUCUAUAAAGCCUCUAGUUUUUUAUUUUAUACAAUAAUAUAAUAUGAACAUUUUGUACACAAAAGUUUUUUUUGUUUAUAAUUUUUGAACUUUUCAAAAAUCAUCUACGCAUGCAUUAUAUACAAAUAGAAUUAGAAAAAGGAAUAUAAACUAAUAUUCGCAGCAACACAACAAAAAUUGAAAAAAUUUCUAAAAACAUACAUUGCAAUGAUACUUAUAAAAGCAUCAUUUAUAUACAUAGUAAAACUUAAAAACUCAUCUAUUAAAUUGAAAUGAAAAUGAAAUGUUUUGAAUAAAACUCUUAAACUCCCACUAUAAUAAAAUACUUUGAAUCAAAAUUAUAGAUUGAAAGUUAUUUGCGAUGGUAUUUCACUUUAACCAGUAAAUAUAUGUAUGUAAAAUUGUUGCAAGUGGUCAGGGUUGCAAACUUUUGGUAAAUAUGGUGUUUUUUAAAUUAAUAAUUUAAAAGUUUGAACAACGAAAGUGGAAGAUUGUCUAAUUUUUAUACAUUUUGUACACAUUGUUAAAUAUUUAUAGCUUAAUAUUAUGCUUUUUGAAUUUUUUUAUGGAUAAAGUUAAAAAGAACAUAAAAAUAAUAAAAAAUAAUAUUUUUAUAAUUUUGAAAGGGCGAGCCAACUACACAUGUCAUAAAAUUAAAUAAGUCAAAAAGUUUACCGCUCUGACCACACGGAGUUAUUUUUAAAAUUUUUGAAAUAAUAAAAUUAAAUUAAAAACUAUUUUUUUUGUAAGUUAUAACUUUUCUUUGAGUUAAAUUUUAAUGAUUAUAAAAUGUAUUGAUACGCAUAUUCGUACUAUAAUUGAUAUAUGUAAUCAUAAUGUAAUACAUAAAAUAAUAUCAUAAAUGCGUCAAUAUUAUUGGACUAAAAAUAUCGAAUAAAUUAAAUUUACUCAAUUAUAAACGUAUAAUUUUAAUAAUCUAAAUUCUUUACAUUCAAUUACUGUGCAUUGAGGAUUCAUUCCGUUAAUAUAAUUCAAACUUACAUUUUGUAGAGUUAACUUUUAUCUUCCCGAUAAAAAGUAAUUUUCUUAAAAAUCAAAAUAAUUUUUAUUAUAAUACAUGCAUAUAUCAUUUAAAAUUAAGUUUUAGCAAAAAAAAAUUAGUUUGAAAAUUAUCUGUUAUACGAAUUCAUAUGAAUUCAUGUUUUGAAGAAAAUUUAAUUCUAAACAAAUGCAAUGCAUAUUUCAUAUGUAUACAACACUGAAGAAUUUUCAGUGCAAUAUAAAACUAUAUUUCAGCAUAUAUAUUUAUCUAUCAAACAAAAACGUUUAAUGUAAUAUAAAACGUUUAAUUAUAUAAAAUAAUAUAAAUUUAAUUAAAAUAUUACAAAUUUUUGCAAUCAUGGCGUUUUUUAAUCAUGUAAGACAAUUAUGUGUAUUAAUAUGCAUUACAUGUCUGUAUGUACAUGUACAUCUUUAAAAAAAUUAUAUAAUAAGUAGGUACAUUAUAAAGUAAGUAUAGCUUAAAACCAAAUGUUUUAUAACCAUUUUUUGAAAAGCCAAAUAUUUGUAUUAUUUUUUGAAUCUAUGUAUAAAGUUUUUUUUAUUGCAUACUAAUUAGCUUGCCAUAAGCUCAAUUGUGUUAUUAUAACAUCAAAAAGUUAUUAAAAAUUUGUUUUACAAAUUAUUUGCAUUAUAUGAUAAAUUGAAUAAUUAAUGAAUUGACUUUUAUUAUGCAAUUAUAUUAAUAUUUGUUUAAUACUUAUUAAAAAUAUACUUAAUCUACUUUCAAUUUAAUACAAAAGUACACAUGCAUAUUUGUAUAAUAUUAACUAAACUUUAUUAAAAGACGGUAGGCAUAUUAUUAUAUCUCAAUUAAUAUAUGUACAUAUAAAUGAGUAUUAAUUUAUAAACAUACAUAUGUGUAUAUAUUAACAAAUAUGAAAAAAAAUUUAAAAAAACAUAAAAAUAUUAAAUUUUUUCAAAAAAAAAAUAGAACAAUCCAUUCAAAUACAGUAUGUAUAUUAUUAUUAUUACAAUCCUUAAAGUAUUUUUAGAAACAAUUAAAAACAAAAUUAUGUUAAUGUCCUCUAGGAAAAUUAUACUAAAAAUAAAUAAUACUUG